AUGGGUUUGGCGUCGCCGGCGCCCUCAAUGAACGGUCAUCCCGGGGCCAAUUACGGCGGGUCCCAGGCGGGUUUGGCCAAUGGCCGCAGCGGCACUUAUUUCGGCAUGGAACCGUUGGAUUUGCUUCAAAAUCGCCACAUAUUGCCUGCCAAGCCCGUGACUCCGCCCAAACCUCAGCUCACGUCGGAAUUAUGGCGCAACAUGAAUUGCUCGCCUGACAUCUUCAGGUGCACCCUCACCAAGAUCCCAGAGACUGAGGCGAUUUUGAAAAAGUCUCGCUUACCCCUCGGAGUGUUGAUCCACCCUUUCAAGGACUUGAGCCAUCUCCCCGUGAUCCAAUGUUCCACCAUUGUUCGCUGUCGGCAGUGUCGAACCUACAUCAACCCUUUUGUGCAGUUCGUCGACCAACGAAGAUGGAGAUGUAACGUCUGCUAUAGGGUGAAUGAACUCCCUGAAGAGUUUAUGUACGACCCUGUGUCCAAAUCAUACGGUGAUCCAAGCCGGCGACCAGAAUGCAAGGCUGCUACCAUUGAAUUCAUUGCUCCAUCCGAAUAUAUGUUACGACCUCCCCAGCCUGCCGUCUACAUAUUUCUCUUGGACGUUUCUCAUGGAGCCCUUGAGACCGGAUACUUGAAAACGGUCUGUGAUGUCCUUCUUGAGGAGCUGGACAAGCUCCCAGGUGACGGGAGAACUCAACUGGCAUUUUUAACCUAUGACCGGAGCGUUCAUUUCUACUCAAUGCCCGAUGGAGCUUCGCAGCCCACCCAACUCAGUGUCAGUGAUAUAGAUGAUAUGUUUCUACCUAGUCCAAGUGAUCUCUUGGUGAAUCGAGAAGAGUGUCACGUCCUCAUUGAGCAGCUUCUGGCCGAACUACCGAACAUGUUCAAGGACUCCUACCACACAGAUUCGGCUUUGGGAGCCGCCUUACAGGCAGCCUACAAACUCGCUGCACCCACUGGUGGGCGAAUCACGGUGUUCCAAACGGGACUCCCCAAUGUGGGUCCGGGCGCAUUGCCUCCGCGUGAAGUGUUGGGCGACAAGAAGAGCGAGUCCUCGCUCAUGGGUCCGGCCACGGAUUUCUACAAGAAGCUGUCCUUGGAUUGCUCUGGCCAGCAGAUCGCCGUGGACUUGUUCACCCUGAAUUCGCAAUAUUUGGACUUGGCCACGCUCAGCGGGAUCUCCAAGUUCUCGGGUGGCCAAACGCAGCACUUCUCCGGCUACCACGCCUCCUUGAACACGCCUCAAGCGGCUCGAUUCGAAAGCGCCCUCAGGCGCUAUUUGUCGCGGAAGAUCGGGUUCGAGGCCGUGAUGCGGAUCCGCUGCACACGAGGCCUCACACCGCACGCGUUCCAUGGGAACUUCUUCGUGCGGUCCACAGACUUGCUUUCGUUGCCAAAUAUCAAUCCCGAUGCGGGAUUCGCCAUGCAGGUGGCCAUCGAAGACGAUUUGCGAGAUUCUCGCGAGGUUUGCUUUCAAGCCGCCCUUCUGUAUACCUCAAGUAAGGGUGAGCGACGGAUCCGCGUCCACACGAUUUGCCUCCCCACCACUACCAAUGUGUCCGAAGUCAUCAAUGGUGCAGACCAAGAGGCCAUCGUCGGCAUGUUGGCCAAGUUUGGUUGCGUUUCGAUCCGGACAAAAGGCGGAUGAUCGCUCGGAUUGCAUUGCCCGCUUCAAAUCCCUUCCUUUGACUCAGUUGCUUCAAUUCAUCUAUCCUGAUCUGUACCGUGUGGACGAACUGACCGACGAGGGAGCUCUUGAGGACGGAGAAGACGAGGAGGAGAUCCUGAUCCCACAGCCCCCUCGGCUCCAGUUGAGCUUUGAGCGGAUUUCGGCCACGGGGCUUUACCUAUUGGAUGCUUGUGAUAUCAUCAUGGUCUAUAUCUCGCGAGGCUUGCACCAAUUCGCUUUGGAGAGGAUCUUUGGAGUUCAGAGGAUUCAGAACGUGGAUGAGACCUUAACUGAACUCCCCGAGUUGGAAACACCCGAGUCAGAGCGACUUCGACAUUUUGUCAAUUGGCUGAACAGCAAUAAGGCUUACCCUGCGCCCAUUAGAGUAAUCAGAGAGGAUGGUAAAUUGCGACAUUAUUUCGUGGAGAGGAUGAUUGAAGAUCGACAAGAUAAUUCCUUUUCGUAUUUUGAAUUUUUACAACACUUGAAGCAACAAAUCAAAUAGUGAGAAUGACGCUUGAGCAACGAAUUGACUUUGAACGGACGGAAAAGCCAACCCAAGCCCAGAAGACCAACAUUUGGAAGACAAUAGCCGUUUGUGCUAACCAACAACCACUUGAGAAAGAAUACGAAGGCAAAACACAACAAUCCGGGAGGGGGGGGGGGGUGAUAAUUUCUCAAAUUCACGCUAUGAUUUUUAGUUCAAUAAAGCAAUGAAAUCUUUGCCAA